CCACCCAUGGGACGUCGUCCAAGCCUGGUGGGACAGGUUCCAGAGCAGUUGAGUGAAGGCGAACGAGAGAGCUUUUGCAGAAGGGAUCCAGGCACAGGAGAAGCAGCUUCUGCGUGCUGUUGGACCCGCAGGCCUGCUUCCAGGGGCGACUGGGGUGGGGGGCAAAGCCUGCCUCUGGGCUCUCCCUGUGGAGGAGGCCCACUGCACCAUCCCUGCUGCUGAGAUGCUGCAGCCGGUGGGAGUCGCACCCUUCCCAGUUGCUGGGAUCCGGAAAGGGGGAGCCGGGGUGAGGGGCUGGAGAGGAGAGGAGGGUCUGGGCCAGGAAGAGCCCCCCGAUUCUGCUGAAAGCACCUGGAGCAUCUCUCCCUGGAUGGUCCUCCUCGUCUGGCUGACCUUCAUGUGCACCUUUCAGGGGACAGACAGCGGCACCCCAGGACUCGGCCAGGCCCCACAGCCCCGCCACAGACGCCAGCCAGGCCAUGGGGAGUGGACGCAUUGGAGUAGCUGGAGCACUUGUUCCAACACCUGCGGGGAUGGUGCCUCAUUCCGGAUGAGGAGGUGCAUUCGGUUCCCCGAGGAGGAGAUUUGCAAGGGGAACCCUAGGCAGUACCGAGUGUGUGAACUGGACGAGUGCCCUCCUGGCUUCGUCCCCUUCCGUGCCAUGCAGUGCUCCCUCUACAACAGGAAGCCGAUCGCGGGGAGCCAGACGCCCUACCAGUGGGUCCCGUUCCACGGAGCUCCCAAUCUCUGUGAUUUAAAUUGCCUGGCCGUGGGACACAACUUUUACUACACAUUUGGGAGGGUUUUGGACGGCACCCCCUGCAGCCCAGAGUCUCGGGACCUUUGCAUCAGCGGCCGGUGUUUGAGAGCCGGCUGCGAUGGGCUCCUGGGCUCCAAGGCUCAAGCCGACGCCUGCGGCAUUUGCGACGGCAGGAACGAGUCGUGCGUCUUUGUGCAGCAGGUGUCCCGGGCGGCGUUUCCCACCUCUGGUGUCUUCGGCUACAAGAACGUGACCCACAUCCCGGCAGGAGCCAGGCACAUCAAGGUGACAGACCGCAGCCGCAACUACCUAGCACUGAUGAACUCCAAGCAGCGCUACGUCAUCAAUGGAGACUGGGCCAUUGACUUGCCGGGCGUGUAUGAAGUGGCCGGCACCAAAGUACGUUACGCUCGCACGGCUGACGUUCAUGAGAGCUUCGAGGCAGACGGGCCCACCCAGGAAGACUUGUUGGUCAUGGUCCUCUUCCAAGAGCACAACCCAGGGAUCGAAUACCAGUUCUGGCUUCCGAGGGAACGGCUCCACCACAUCCAGAGUGACGCCAGCCCCCUCCGGCAGCCACAGACCAGGGAAGUCGAGGGAAGCCCAUCGAGGGAGCCCCAACAUUCCCCGCAAGCCACAGCAGCACCCCACUCCCAAAGCAUCAGGGACAUAGGCAAGAAGACCCCUCAGCAGGAGGGCAUACCUGCCACCGCCGCUGCCCAGGUGCUCACGCAGCCAGGAAGAUGCGGCAAAUGCGACUCGCCGAGAGGGAAAUCCCAGCGCAUCUACCACUAUUGCAACAGUGACUUUGUUUUCCGAGCCCGGAUCCUCUCCAAGCGCUACAUCGGCCUGGAAACGCGCUAUGACGUGCAAGUCAGGCACACGUACCGCAACCGCUUCCCUGUCGUCCACCGGGAGUACGUCUGGGUCUCCAACACCUGCGACUGUCCUCAGCUGGUCGAGCAGCACGAGUAUGUCCUCAUGGCCCGUCGCCAUGUCAACUACGAGCACACCCUCAACCGCAUCCUGCUCCAGCGCGGGAGUUACGCCAGGCCCUGGACGCCCCGGGAGGACCUGCAACUGCGGGACACCGCCAAGCACUGCCUGCAAAGCAGGACCCUGUGAGAAGUCCAGGUCUCCCUGUUCCACGGUGAGGGGACCCAUCGCGAUGUCAUCAGCGGUCUUGAAGACCGCGGAGAGAGAGAGAGUGCUAUGGAAACGGCUGGGGUGUGUGCCUGUGUGUGUGUCUGGGACUUUGACCCUCCCCAGCCCUCUGGGCAAAGGGUGGACUAAGCCAGUGGCUUGUAGUAGACCACACUUUGUUGCCACCGUGGCCAGCACCAUGCCUCGUGCAUCAUGUGUUGGCACGAGCGUGAGUUCAAGGCCAGGGAGAAUCUCUCCCACACACAAUUCUCCAGUCCUUUAGGUGGGGAAAAACAAUGCUCGGCGUCAGUUUACAACCCAUCAACCAAAAAUCUCCUGGUCUCAUCGUUGGCGCAUGGAGAAGCUUCUGCUUCUUGGAGGGGUUGUUGGCAAGGGGGAGGGAAGAAUGCAACCCGUCAUGAGCCGUUUAAGUUUUGGGCAUGCCACUUGUGAAUGCAGCUACUGUGCCUGAGUCAGCACAGUCCUCCUCACUCAGGGACAGAUGGGGGGGGGGAAUUCAAAGGCCCAAUUUAAAUUCCUGGGCGGGUGGGAGGCUGUUCCAAUCUUGACGUGAGCUGCAGGGAUUUUAAAGCCAUAAGACAGAAAGGCUCACAUCAGGAGCUUGCAGACAGCUCAAGGUUGGGGGACGUGUGGGGCUCCCCAGCUGUCGUUGGACUCCCAGCAGCCCCAGCAUAGCCAAGGGCUAGGGAUUAUGGGAGUUGGGAGUCAAAUGACACCAGGAUGGCCACAGUUGUUCCUUAUCCCGGAGAGACCCCAAGCACAGCAGCAGUCCCAGUUCAUCUGGACCCAAAAGAGUUUGUGGGAGAUUGAUCAUUAUGAUUAACCCAGCACCAAGAAUGCCAGCAAGGCUUUGCCCUGGACAAAUGUCCCUGCACUUCCCUCCAUGUGCUCUGGAAGUUGGAAUUAAAUAUGGCAAAGCUGUGAUGUCAUGAAAGCUGCCUCAGUCCCCUUCUCUGCUCUGCCCCCCCUCCGCUGCAGUGGCCUUUGGAUAGCAACUCAACAUCAACAAAUGCAUCCAUGUGCACAUGCUUGUGCAUACACACACACACACACACACUUGUGUUAACACUUGUGUUACAUGCACAUGCAUGUUUUUUUAAACCCUAUGGAUGUUCUUUGCUGUAUCAGAACAAGGCAGGUUCAUCUACAUCAGCAUCCGACGCUCCCAGACACCCUGAUGGGAAGUCCAUAACCAGAGCAGGAAUCUUCCUUACAUAUUGGCCUUGUCUUUCAAUUCAGAGGUGAACUGCCUGUGGACAUAGAUCUUCCCUUUAGCUUUUAAGGGUGUCGGCCGCACGGUCUCACUGUCCAUAAAUUUGUCUUGUGCUCUUGUACCUCCAGAUAAAGUGGCACCCGUGACUACAUCUUGUGGCAGGACAUCCCGCAAAUCAUCAUUUCUGAACUCAGAGCCCCCCAGUUGUUUUGGACUACAAUUCCCAUGAGCCCCAGCCAGCACUUGAUGGGAAUUGUCAUCCAAAACGUCUGGAGGGCACCAAAUUGGGGAAGGUUGCCAUAUAUUAAAUCUGUGUUUCGGUAAAGAAGUCUCUUCUGUGAACACAAGUUUUAGUUGUCAUGAGGGGAGGUCCCUUUGUCUUCAUUUUCUGCAAACCCUGCCUCAUUUUAUUGUGUCGCCCCCCUGCGUAAUCAUCAUUUGUUUCUAAACUAAAAAGCUCCGUUUUUUGAUCGUA